GAAAAGCGAACAAAGCGGCUGCUGAUCUCUCCGGAUAGCGCGUGUUCUCUGUGUCUCCUGUUCCCCAGUGUACGGAAUGGCGCAGAUGUUACCCUGCGGUCGUUUCUAAUUAGGUUUGCUAGUUCGACAGGAAAAAUCGUGCGGAAAAAUGCGAACAAAAAAAAACUGGACAAAGCAAACUAAUGUAUGCGUUUUGUGAGUGCGCGCGCGAGAGGUUAACUUUAAAGGGCACAUUUUAGUGUCGAAGAAACACUCAAAGGUUCUUUUGAAUGAAAUGUUCAAAAUUUUCUCCUUUUAGCGAAGGAUAGUGUAAAUGAAACAGAAGUACAGCUUUUCUCCCGAGGGACGGAUUGUUUUUGCGUUGAGAGUGCCGAUUUGGGCUAUAAAACUGAUCUGGAGUGAAAAUAUAUUCCACGAUUCUGAUUGUCUUGUUCGUUUCUACGGCGGUGAGUGGAUUUAGGAAAAGUCUUAUUAUUAGAAGUACCUUAAAGUUGGCGUUCGGUAGUAUCAAAAAAUUGUGUCGCUAAAGUUAGCGUUUGUGUUAUUUCGGAAUGGGAUUAAACCGUACUAUACUUUCUUGAAAAUUUCCUUGUGCUGAGCUAUGAAAAAUGACACACAACGUAGGGGAGAAAGAAGUAAUACCUGCAGUAGUACCGAAAAUAUGGGAUCCGUAUCUCCUUCUCUACUGGAAAUAAGAAACACGCUCUUUUGGACCAUAAUGGAGACUUUGGAGAAGAGCAAGAGAAGCCUUUUCUGAAAGACGGUGAGAAGGUUGGACAAGGAUUUGGUUUUCAGCGCACUUUCAUUCCUUUAACCUUUUCUUGGAGUGACAUAGAACUAAGAUUGAGUUUUUCAUAAAUAAAAUCUUAUAACUGCAUAGAUAAAGUCUUAUCAAUAUAGAUUGCAGCAAGUUUUUGAGAAAAAAAAAGUGCUCAUAAGUGUGACGAAAUGGCAGCAGAGAGCAACAUAGUUCAGACCACGCGUUUACCCGAAAAAUGUGAGAGGAUUGAUUUCUGUAAAUAGAAAAAAAAAAUAAUCGGUUAGUUAGGGUUGGUGAACCGAAGGCCGGAAAUUGGAUUUAGUUGAAUCAAUUCCAAGAACGAAAGUUUGAAACAGUGCAUUCAAGAGUAUCUCGUAGCUGUCUCCGGACUCGAUUGGUUUGGCUCUACUCCUGGCAGCCGGGUUGCUGUCGGAUCGCACUCUUUCGAGAGCAUUAUCCGCCACCGGCAGUUAGAGGACAAAAAAAACACAAGAUGCUGGAAAAGUUUCGCGCGAAAAAAGUGUUCACGUGGCUUCGAGUGGAGUAAGAUCACUUGAUGACAUUCCGGAUGCUGGCAGAAAAUGUGAAGUUUUGACGUCGGUUGGUUGGAGAAAAUUUAUUUCGUUACGUAAUGUAUUUUAACUAAAGAAAAGAAUUAAUGGUGGUAGGAAUGUGAACUGUUUUCCGCAGCAAAGUAGAAAAAGCAGAGCUAGGCGGAAGAAAUAGAAGAAAGUGGAAAUUAGUGGAAGUGUGACAGGGUUAAAUAAUUCAUUUCAAUCUGGUGAACUGAUAAUUAUAAGAAAAUUAACGAGUGCGAAAAGAAUCGGCAGGGAAGAAGUGCGGCAGAAAGUAAUGGGAUAGUGAGAAGCAGUUUCGUGCUUAUGUAUAGCGUUUCUGUAUUUGUGGCAGCAUCCUUUGCCCUCAGCUGUGUUAUACUUCGCAAAAAUGUGUCAUUUCUUCUUACACAGUACUGGAGGAGCAAUUGUAAAUAGGAGAAGAAACUUUUGCCAGAGUUAGCCUCGUCACGAUGUCAACAGCCAAACGGCUGGUGCUAUCGUUAAGAGGUCGCAAGGAAUCUCAGAGUACCGCGGGCACAUCCUCCACCCGGUUAGUGUCGGCCAACAGUACUUCACCCGGUCACGAGCUCGACGAGAUUGCGGUCGUUUCCGGGGGCGCUGAGUCGAGCCACGUUUCCUACGGUAGCCUCUCGCUCGGCCACACCAAUGGACCCCGCUACAUACCAGAUGAUGAUGGCAAGGCAAGUUUUGACGAUACGAAACUGUCGCGGCAUCACUCACACUCCCUCAACGGCACGGAUGCAGCGAUAAUGCAUCUGGCCCCUCCGCCCCUCGAAGCCGUUGGGUCCGACUUCAAUACGAUUCAAACGUCCUCGGAACACAAUCGAAACUCUGUGAGCCGUCAAAGUCUCAUGGACAUCGUGAGUGCCAAGCUCGGCAUGUCCGGUCCCCAGCUGGGCCAGAGCAUCUCGCAGCAAGGAUUCUUCUCGUCGCGCGAUAGCCUGGCGGCCUCGGGUACGUCCCGGCCGCUGCAUUCCCAUGUCUCCGCAACCACAUCGGAGAUGGACCUGUCCCGCAAAGACCGCAAACGAGAGCGGGGCAAGCUGAAAGCGGGUGACCAACCACUGCUCGGCUCAUGGAGCAGAACCGGACCUCGGGAGUCCAAUGCGCACACGAUGGCUGCGGCUGCAACGCGAGCGUCUAGCAACCAUUUGGUGCCUCCGUGCGGAACCGGAAGCUCCUGUAACGGGGCAGAUCGAUACAUAUUUGGCCGCCGGUCCGGCUGCUCGACCUCAUCCCGCAAAUCCAACGGCCGCCGCUGGUCGUUCGUGUUCGAUCCGGCCGGCCGGCUGUGCUACUACUGGUCCAUGGUGGUCUCGAUGGCGUUUCUGUACAACUUCUGGGUGAUCAUCUACCGGUUCGCGUUCCAGGAAAUCAACGGCGAAUCGAUUGUGCUGUGGUUUUGUCUGGACUACUUCUCGGAUUUUUUAUACCUCGUAGAUAUUCUGUUCCACUUCCGUACGGGUUACCUCGAGGACGGCGUGCUACAAACCGACUCGACCAAGCUCCGGCAGCACUACAUGAACUCGACGACGUUCUACAUAGACUGCCUUUGUUUAUUGCCGUUAGAUUUUUUAUACUUAUCGAUAGGGUUCAACUCGAUACUGCGGUCGUUUAGGCUAGUCAAGAUUUAUCGAUUCUGGGCCUUCAUGGAUCGCACCGAACGGCACACGAACUAUCCGAAUUUAUUCCGUUCGACCUCGCUGAUACACUAUCUGUUAGUUAUAUUCCACUGGAACGGUUGUUUGUAUCACAUAAUCUAUAAGAAUAACGGUUUCGGCUCGAAGAACUGGGUGUUCCACGACUCGGAAUCGGCGGACGUGGUGAAGCAGUAUCUGCAGAGUUACUACUGGUGCACGCUGGCACUGACCACGAUCGGUGACCUGCCGCGGCCCCGGUCCAAGGCGGAGUACGUGUUUGUGAUAGCGCAGUUACUGUUCGGCCUGAUGCUGUUUGCGACCGUGCUCGGUCACGUGGCCAACAUCGUCACCUCGGUCAGUACAGCCCGCAAGGAGUUCCAAGCCAAGCUAGACGGCGUUAAAACCUACAUGCGUAUGAGACGGGUUCCCAAUCAUCUUCAGGUGAAAGUAAUCAAAUGGUUCGACUAUCUCUGGCUGACGCAAAAGUGCUCCGAUGAGGAGAGAGCUGUAUCAUGUCUUCCUGACAAAUUAAAGGCUGAAAUAGCUAUAAAUGUUCAUUUAGAUACACUUAAGCGAGUAGAAAUUUUUCAAAAUACCGAAGCGGGCUUUCUGUGCGAGUUGGUGUUAAAGCUUAGGCCGGUGCUGUUCUCUCCGGGCGACUUCAUCUGUCGGAAAGGUGAAGUCGGCAAAGAGAUGUACAUAGUCAAUAGAGGUAGACUGCAGGUUGUCGCAGACAACGGAAAAACUGUUAUGGCUUCGCUGAAAGCCGGCUCCUACUUUGGCGAAAUCAGUAUCCUCAACAUGGGUACGGCAGGUAAAGCGCUCGGUAACCGCCGGACUGCCAGCGUACGGUCGGUUGGCUACAGCGAUCUGUUUGUGCUCAGCAAGAAGGACAUGUGGGACGUGCUGAAGGAGUAUCCGGCGGCCAGAGUGCGACUGGAGGCGAUCGCCGUCAAACGGCUCGAAAAGUACAAGAAGGCCCCGCUCGAGAAAGUUGCUAUGGGACGCUGCCAGUCGACGCCAGGAUUAGUGGAGACGCGGGGCCGCACCACCAUCGAGGACAUGUGGAUAUCGCCGACGACCGCGGUUACAUCCGCCGGCUCGAUGGUCCCGGCUUAUCCACCGCCACCGGGCAGCCGGAUGACCAGUCCUCGGUCCCAUCGUGGCGAAUUGAGCGGUAAUCGACAGCCCCAUUCACCCGGUUCUGUCAGUCCCAGUGUACAUAGUUCCGAGGAACGGCCUAGAAGUCGAACGGCUUCCCAUCAAACGUCCCGGCCUCAGUCUCAACCGAGUCGGACCACCGGUCGGAGAAGUAUCUGCGAUGCCAGCGGAUUGUCUACCAACAGCAGGGACUUUCUAGGGCCACCGUGUGACUCGCUGACUCACAUUGAAUCGUCCGGUGCGACACCGCUGCUGGGGUCCCACGAAGCACUAGAGGGUGAAAUCAAGCGGCUCCGAGAACGGCUGCAUACGGUCGAGUCGGAAAAUUUUUCGCUGAAUGCCAAACUGGCCCAACAGCAGUGGGAGGUCGAACAUCGGUUGGCGGAGAUCGAGAUGCAGAUCUGUGGCGCCUCGUCCGCGUCCAGCAUCAGUCAGGAAAAUGAAACUGAAGAUCUCGAACGGAAUCGGGAAAGUAUCAUAUAACACGGAAGCGAGCUGCCUCAAAAAGUUGCCCUGGUGUAUGUGCGAUGCAUGACAUGAAUUGGCGCGAUGGUAUUUGUUUUGAUGGACAGAACAAGCGACGGUGUUCGGUUUCUUUUUUCCUUCGGUUGGCCAAUCCUUGACCGCACGGCUCCGCAUUCCGUGUUCGAUUCAAAUGUUUGCUUGUUUCGACCGAUUCGGACCGGUUUGGUGUGGAAAAUUUUGACAGUGAAACUAAAACAAAAAAAAAACUACAGCAUUACGGGUCAUCUUUGACGAAAAAAGGCAGCUACUUUAGAACUUCGAGAACGCGCGCAGAACGAAAGCAGUCUUCCUACAGACAGAAAUCGUCGCACAGUCAGUAGGUUUUUGAACUGUGAAAAACACGUCACAACAGAUGCAGAGAUGUACCACAGAAGAAGAAAAUGAAGGAGAAGGUACAGAAUAGCGGUUGAGUUUAAACUCAUAUCACCAAUGGUUUGUUAAAAUUGAUAGUGUCACUAAUUCGGGUUCUGAACUUUGGAUAAACAAGAAAUUUAAAGAAAAAAAAAGUGAGAUUACAUUUAAUGCAACUAAUCGUGCUCUGUAUGAUAGUCGAAUCAUUUCAUAAAUGUUUCUAUAGUGAUGCAAAGCUAGUGAAACCCAAUGUAAUGAAUAGAAGCCAGUCGGAGUAGACAGUUAGGUUAAAUACAUUCGUAAUUCUGGAGAAACUCGUUACAGUCGAACGAUGUAGAUUUUUUACUAGCAACGAGCCGAAGUUUAGAUAAAUAGUGAAUCACCGUGAAAUUGAUUACAACUAACAAGCAAAAAAAAGGGGAAAAAACAAACAAACAAUUGUUGAGAAUAGUGCCGCUAGUGCCGGCAUCCAAUAACAAGCGAAUUUUAUUUGUUAUGUUGUUUGUUACAUGCUCGGUACUGCAGCCACUCAUACAUGCAUACACACGUCACUCAACGAUUGGUCACAAAAUGAAGCCCCUCGCAGAGGGUUCGAUUGUGAAUAUUUCACUGUAAAAACAUAUAAAAACCCGUAGAAGUUAAGAAAGUUUUAUAACCUCAUCCAGAAUCGCGCAUUCUCAAGUUUGAAUACAUUCUGAUUCCUCAUAGAAAAUAAUUACAAUUUCAUCGUGAAACACGUCCGCAACCAUUUCUUUCAUCCAGAUGAAGAAACAAAAAUACUACUUUUUAAAUUUUGAUAUUUAGAAUUACUGAAAACAAAAGAAACACAAUGAAAGUUUUAUUCGUUCUAAUCUACAGUAACCAUUAGGUGCGCUUCAUACGAUUAACCGACUAGAGGGUAAUUCCAAUCCGAACUUAAUUGACUUUUCAUCUCUCGAGUCGCGUAAAACUAUACUUCCGGUUGAUUUGCGGUAAGAGUGCAAGCGCAGGGAGGCACCGCUAACGCUUAUCUGCCGACUAUUUGCUCCACUAACCAUCCAAAUUCAUAAAUUAAUCGUUCUAUUCACUAUGUAGUAAGAAGAAAGGUACGGUGAAGUUAAAAAAAAUCAUAUUUAAAAAAGAAAAAAUAAAUUAACAUCAGCGCAGGAAUUGUUCAACUCUCCAACUGACGGUGACGGAGUUACUUAUAUCACAGAUAUUGUUACGAUUUGUUGACAUUUAUAUUUGUUUGUUGCGAGAAUUCGAUCAAAAAGAUUUCUACUUAUUUGGAACAUUUCGAGAGCUUGUAAAGCUCAGCCAUUGAUUUUCUAGUGGUAGUAUUUGAGAUAUUGAAGAAUUCUAGUUGGUCGUCGCGUUUCCUUCGCCGAAUCCAUCCGAAUUUGAUAUAAAUUCACUAUGGAUAGUUGUUAAAAUAUCAAGAUUUUAUAUCAAACAUUUGUAUUAACUGUAUCUGAUUAUAUCUAAGA